UUUACACUUGUGUUGGCAGAACACUGAUAGUGACAACUGUUGCCUAUGUUUAGUCUGUCCAGGAGCUCUACCAGCUACAUUGUUGGGGAAAACAUACACUGGUUUUCCUAGCGGCUAUGUAAAUAUUAAGCCUUUCUGAGCCUGUCUUCUUAGAUCUUCCAAUAUUUUCAGGAACCCAGUGGCCUUAGUCCUUCAGGUGGAACAGCGUGCAACAUGGGAAAGAAAACCAAGCGAACAGCUGACAGUUCUUCUUCAGAGGAUGAGGAGGAGUACGUCGUGGAGAAGGUGCUAGAUAGGCGUGUGGUUAAGGGGCAAGUGGAAUAUCUACUGAAGUGGAAAGGCUUUUCUGAGGAGCACAAUACUUGGGAACCUGAGAAAAAUUUGGAUUGCCCUGAGCUAAUUUCUGAGUUUAUGAAAAAGUAUAAGAAGAUGAAGGAGGGUGAAAAUAACAAACCCAGGGAAAAAUCAGAAAGUAACAAGAGGAAAUCCAGUUUCUCAAACAGUGCUGAUGAUAUCAAAUCUAAAAAAAAGAGAGAGCAAAGCAAUGAUAUCGCUCGGGGCUUUGAGAGAGGACUGGAACCAGAAAAGAUCAUUGGGGCGACAGAUUCCUGUGGCGAUUUAAUGUUCCUAAUGAAAUGGAAAGACACAGAUGAAGCAGAUCUGGUCCUUGCAAAAGAAGCUAAUGUAAAAUGUCCACAGAUUGUGAUAGCAUUUUAUGAAGAGAGACUGACGUGGCAUGCAUAUCCUGAGGAUGCGGAAAACAAAGAGAAAGAAACAGCAAAGAGCUAAAGGAGGGGCUGGUCUCUGUCAUUUCUCUUUGUACAUAGUACAUUCACUUCCUUGCCUCCUCUCCCUUAUACCUACCCCUUCUAUCCUAAACAUAUUCAUAAAAAAUGUGCUUAUCACUGUGCUCCACAGGAGAAAUGUUGGUAUUGGUUCUCUUGUAACAUAACUGAUGGUCUGAUUCAUGAUCAGUGUCUCUGUGAAGACCAGGCAUUUACAUACUGUGUGUAAUUUCCACAGUUUUUUUCCUUUGCUCUGAUCUCUUCUGCUCCCCUGUGACCUCAAGAUGAUUUUUAACUUUUUAAUCACCUUAGAGUCUUGAUCUUUUCAGGGUUGGUCACUUUUUAGAUUGGGGGGAUUUUGUUACAAUGAUGAUGAAUUUUGGUUCUUAAAACAUGUUGAUAACUAGCUAGCCUUUGUUUGAGAUGUUGGGAUGGAAAAGAUGUUGCCCACCUUUCUAAAAAGCCAAUAGCAACUGCCUACCUGUUGGGGCUUUCCCAACUUCAUUCAGCUCUAUCCAGGAAUACAGGGUUCCUGCUGUGGUCUUUUGGGCCACCCUCUGUAGUUCAUCCUCACCCAGCCUCCCAGAAUAGCUCCAUCCUUUGGAGGAGUUUAAAUUUUACAUUCAGAUUUGUCAAGGCACUCUAAAAAGCCCCAGGACUUUUGGCUUUGUUUCUUAGCAAUACCUGCUUCUGCUUCUGCAAGGUGGUGUAGUCUGUCAUAAAAUGGCAAGAUUAAUAACUGUGGAGUUUUUUAGCUGUUAGUACAUGAGGAUGAUGGGAUAGGAUACAAUUGUCUUCAUUGUCACAUAUGGUAUAUAUGUAUUAUUUACUUCCAUCCCUCACAUUUGGACUAUAUUUAUGUAGGUGCGAGUGACUGCCUGGUGCUUGCUUGUGCCAAGGUGCUAGGCACCCUCCAACCCUGCCAACCUCUGUGGCCUCCCAAAGCAUUCCUGUUAACCAAAGAGGCUUCAAACCCGACUUUUCACUUCUCAGUGGACCCAAGUUUCCCCUCCAUGCCAUUAUUUUAAUGGGGAAUUCUUGGAGGGGGGUCAUUGGCCACAUUAUCAAUUUUAAAUAUUCAUAGCAUUUAUAGUCAUAAAUGUCUUCUUGGUUGACUCCUGGAUUUGCCAAGAGUCCCCAAAGUAUUAGUGUUCUUCCUUUUUCCACCCUAAAACUCUUACCUGUAUCUUCUUUUUAAAAAUGCAUUUCCAUGGAAGACUAUCAUGUCAGAGAGUAACAGCCCCUGGCGUUAGCAUGUUGACAUAACCUUCUCUCCCUGCUCAGCAAAAUACUUCCCUUUUAGCUUCCUCCUGUUCUGCCAUUAUAUUGAGAGUUUAUUUUUCUGAUCAUAACCUGUCUUUGUCUCCUAAGAAAUGCCCUACUUCUCUUUACUCUUCUUUCCUGUUGGGGGUGGGGGGCUAGAGAAUCAAGACUAAAGUAGGGAAAUAGCAGGGUUUUGAGCACCCUUGUCCUAGCCCAAAGCUGAGGAAAUAAUAAUAAAUGCUUGGAAUAGCCUUAACUCUACAGUUCACCAGCCAUCAAGGUCAUUUUGUUGUUGCUUUGAUUUUUAAAACAGAGUUGACCAGGAGCACUCAACCACUUCUAGAUUAUUCAGAGUAAUGAGGGGAGUGAAUAGAUUGCUCUAAUCCACAGAUGAGCUGAAUAAUAUGCAAAUAAUAUACCCAUUCAUAGCAUUUGUUAACAUUGCUUCCCUGCUCAGCUGCUGAUUGAAUUCUCUAUGCUUGUAUAAAUUAUGUCAAAAAUUAUACUGCCUAGUUGAAGAGACAGCUGUUGAUGCAGUGACACGACAGACUGGAACAAUGAAGAUUUUGGUUUAAGUUGUCCAGGAAAGUCCUUCUGAAUGGUAAUGUGAUUAGGUAAGAACUCAUAACCCAUAUCUCCAUUUUCUUUUACUCUCUGAAGAAAUUAAAGUCCUAGAUCAAGUGUUAGGUAAUUGACAGUUGUUACUACUAAUCUGAUGGGCAUCUAAAAGAAAGGGUGGUCAGGAAAUAGAUUUGUCAUACAGGUAUUCAGAGAUAUUAAUUAGGGUAGACAAGGAUUGGACAAAAGUUAGACUAGAGCCUCUGAGGAGGUUAUCUGGAUCUCAAUUUACAGGUAGAGGAUAUGACAGCUUAUCCAUCUAGCUAAUAUGUGUCUCUUAGGAGCAGCAGGCAUGUAAACUACAAUGACCAUACUUUUAAAACCAAAAUCUAGCAUGUGGACAGAACGAUGAUUUUGUACUUGGAGUGAUUCUGAGAAACCCGAGACACAUGGUUACCAGGAGUUAUAGAUAAUAUUUAAGGUAUUCAUCAAAAUCUGAUUUUCUUUUAACAAAAUAACUGCAGUAUUAUCUGUUCAUCACCCCCUUUAAUACCUUACUGUUUAUUCAUCUUUUCCUGUCCACAGUUUAUUGAAUCAAGGUCUUGUAUUGAGUGCCGCCUAAACAACUUUUGUUUUCUCCCUCUCCUUGCAUGUCCACAGGUGCUUCUAUAGGAAUGUAGGGAGCCACAGGCCAAUAUGAUUUCAGCCCUCAGCAGAAAGGAAACCAGAUGCCACCCUAUGCCUCCAACUUUUGUUAAUGCUGAGAAGCUGUCCUGGCCCUUGGAGAAUUGCAUCCUCAAACAGAAACUUGUUUUCAUGGGGUUUUCUCCUCUCAGAAGAAUUAGCUGUGGGCUAAGCAUUUUUAACAUCUGGGUCUUACGUGCUCAGUAUGUUUUUCCUGUGUUGAAUCCUUUCAAACCAUCUUUUUAAUAAAUUUCUUUAGCGAUCAGCAUUCAAGGAUCUCCCCUUUCACAGAAUGUAGCUUUGUCCGGCAGUCUAUUAAGGUCUUUGCAGCUGCGUUUCUGAGCCUGGGACUGGACUGAUACCCUCACAUUAAUAUGAAGGUAUCAUAGCUCUUAGGAACAUCAGCCAUGAUGGAAACACUCAUUUUUAACCUGGAGAGAGCCAUAUAUAUCAUUUUUUUCCCUGCAGUCAGUAUUUGUCUGUACCAGGAAGUAUUUGGACCAGUGGUUUUCACUAACACUCAAGUUUUCAUGGUCCUUGGCUGUCCCCUAUAGUUGUAUCAGUGUAUUAUUUUUUGUUCUUCAUGAAAGGUUGGUCCUGUUCUCAUAGCUUGGGCAGUUAUUAACUUUUUAUUCCUGUUCUCUAGCCAUUGUGCUGUGCAUCUACUUUAUAUCCAGGCCAGAUCGUAGGGCCUUGGGGAACAAGCUUGGGAUUUUCAUCUUGGGAUUUUGUUGGAUCUAUGUUAAGGCCAGUUCACAAAGUACAGAGGGAUCUGUGUUUGGGUGGAGGAGUGAUUGUCUUUACCCUUACGGUUUGAAUUCAGGGGCCUAAAAUAAUACUAGGCAAUGACAUGAGAACCCCAGGAAGGGUUAUGUCAUUAGAUUCAAAAUGUAGAAAUUGUUACAGAUUAGGUUAAAGGAAACAUUUCAUUUUGCAUCCAUGACUCCAUGAUUUUGGUUUAGAUUUUUAGAGUAAAAAGUAGAGGUUUGAGGUCUGUACCUUUGUAAUCAGACCACCAGGCAAGCAUACCUGUAGCAAGAAAGGUCUGGACCCAGUGUAUUCCAGUUUUAUAUGGGCUUUAUCACUAAUUGUAAAAGUUACGUAUUCAAAAAUAGAGACUUUACCAGUCUUGCAUCCAAAAACUUAUGUUAAGAAUCGAGUACCCCCCCAUAUGAUAGUGGCAGAUUUGUAUUGAGCCAUCCAUAUCCAGACACAUUAGUGUAUAUCAACAUUCAUUCAACAUUUUUUGGCCUAGGGGAUACAGAGUUCAAAAAGAUGCAGUCCCCAACUUCAAAGAACUUUCAUACUGGUGUAGGGUAAACUGUUAAUAAUUCAGUGUAAUAAAUACCUAAAAUGGAUAUACAUUUCUGAUUUGGGGGCAAAGAUAUCUGUUGAUACAGUUUGUGGCUCUAAAGUAGAAGGGUAACACUUCGUUCAUUUGUGGAAAAGACCUGUGACCUUGAAUGAACAAAAUUAAUUGGCUAUAGAUUGACCACAACAAGGGCUUGCUUUAUUCCAGAAAAUAAAAAUAACUGAUGGUUAGUUAGAGAUGCUGCUAUUACUGAGAGAGGAUAGGUGCGUGGGUAUGGAAACCCCAAGAUUUCUGUACCUGUUUUAGGCUCUUUGCCAAAGUAUUUAAUGGUGUAUUUAAUCCUUGCUUGUUAAUAGUAUUAACUGUGUUGCAGAUCCAGUUAUGUGUUACAUUAUUGUACCUUCUAUAACAUUUACUCCUCAUGGACAUUUUAUCAGAGUUGCUCACACUUUUUUCAUUUUCUCUUCCCUUUUGGAGGAAUUAACAUUAGGCUGGCUCUAAGCCUAAAACAGACAUAUUUUGAAAUGACAAGAGAUUUGCUAAAAAAAAGAAGGCUUGAGGCACAUCUGUUAACACCUGGGCAUCUAUUCUGGGCAGUGUAGAUUUAUUCAACACUAAGAUGGUGGUUUCUAAGCAGAGACUUGACUCAAUUAUGUGGGAACCCUCCCAGGAAUAUACCCUGGAGUUUUAGAUUUCAUCAGUUUAGGGGGUAGUCUAGCCUCACCCAGAAACAUCCUGACCUAAAGAAAUUUUUUAGUUUUGACCACAAGAAAAAGAUACUUUACUCUGCCAGGAUAAUUGAGAGUUGACUACUGUUGGACGUCAAAAUUCCCAAGAAUUAGAAUAACUUCUGGAAAAUUCAAGCAUGAAGGUUCUUCGGAUAGCUUCAUAAAAACAAUACUAGUUUCUUUUUGCUUGCUCUGGAUUUCUUGAAUUUUAAACUACCUCAUCUUGACUUUCUAGAGUUACUUCAACUCGCCAUUGCCUCUUUAACAUGCUUGACUUUGGCUGUUUUCUAAGGUGGAUUUUUUUUUUUUCCUGUUCAUUGACAGCAUGUUCUCUUGCUUUUUCAUCAAAAUCCUCAUUUCACCUGUCACAUUGUUCCUCUGUCAGAGAAUUGUUUUUAGUUUAAAAUACUGUUUUAUGGGAAGAAAGUGAUUCUCCAAAUGCUAUUUGUCUCUGAGAUCAGUAAAGGAAGGAGUUAAAACAAGGUGGUGGGGGAGGGGACAGAACUGCACUGGAAGCAGGCUACAAGAGAAGAGCCAUUAAUUAAGACAAUUUCAAAGUCAACUGAUUGUGAUCAUUAAUGUCACAAUAGAUCAAAACCUAAUUAUCACAGCCUAGGUAAGAGCCAUCAGUAUUAAUCAGAAAAUCUAAUAGGAAACUAUUAUCAAGAAAUUAGGUCAAAUUGAAUGCAAUGAACUUUUUAUCUUAUCAUUCUGUAUGUUUUGUGGGUGUGAUGUCCCCUGGCAUUGGCAGGUGUGACCCUUACAGUUGAUCCAGGCUCCAGUGGCCAGUUUGUCACACUUUGAGGAGUUCCAAACACAGACUGAACCUGACUGUCAUUGCCACUUUAAUCAGUCUUGAACUUUAUCAUCAUUUGGACUUGUGUUCCGUGUGAUCAGCAAUCAGUGAAAAAAGGUUUAUAUGUAGGUCUUGGAAUGGUUGGUCCUUCCAGGAAGUAGAGUAUUCCUGGUGAACAUAUACUGUGCGUGUUGAUAAAUCAUUCUUUGAGCUUUUGAUAUAUGUGGAGCCCUGCCACUCUGGCUACUGCAAAGGGGUACGGCUUUAGUAUUUGAUUCUAAACCAGGACAGACUGGAUUUAGUCCCCAUUCUCCCCAGUCUCCUCACUAGUUUUAGGAUAAGGGUCAUGAUUUCUACCAGAAUCCACUGUAAAUCAAAAUGAGGGAGAAAAAGUGUUUCUCAUUUUGCCUCUUUUGUUAAAGGGUUAUGCCUCAGGAGGAAGGAAUAUUACAAGGGUCUUAAUGACUAGUUAGAAUACUUUAUCCCCUUUCUCUGAAGUGAAAAGGGGUGGGGGGAGUCACCAUUUAUAUCCUUCAUCUUGAGCUGCUUAUGAAGAUGCUGCAACUCCUGAAGUUGAGCCGAGUCCAGAAAGGUUGGUAAGAUGCUGUCUUCUAGGAAUUUUGGGGUGGGACCAGUAGCUGCAGAGAGUGUUGGUGCUGAGAUUCCUUUGCUCCUAGUUAGUCUGUAGAGGAUGUCGCUGCUCUCACCGUUAUUGCUAGCCUUUCCCCUACCAACCUUGCAGCUCAGAGCACUACCAAGACCACUACUGGCAAUCUUCCUACUUGAGCAUGGUCUUGCUUCAUUUUGGAUUUUAGGAAUUUGGGUUACUCAGUACAGAACUUUGGGAAAUCUGUGACUUAGUUCUUCACCUUAAUGUUUAAAAUGUAAUUUUAUUUUCAAGACAUCAAUUUUUUCAGAAGCAAGUUUGUUUAUGCAAGGUUUCUCAUGCUACAUAAAUAAUAACCGUCUGUUAAUACUUGUGGGUUGAUUGAGUUUAUCUAGUUUGCAGAGGGAGGUGUUCUUACUGGCUUCCUUUUGCUCCGAAGUGCAUUCUAAAAAGUUGUGGAACAGAAUUGAGUGGAUGCUGACUAUGUGCCAACCUUCCCAAUGGAUUCAUGAUGGCUGACCGUGGGCAAGUCACUCCUUUCAAUGCCUCGGUUCCCCAUCUGUCAAAUGGGGGUAAUAAUACUGACCUACCUCACAGGGGUGUUGUGAGGCAUUGUAAAUCAAAGUUGAUAGAAUACUUUAGGGUCCUUGAUGGAGGAUACUUUGAGCUGAAAUCUAGGCCUGAUACAAGAUUUAGUCCUCACUGAGCUGUCCCAAAUUUGGAACUACUUAGUGACUUGAGAAAGUUUUCUGCCCUCCACCCCUCAUCAAAGCUGCUAGUUCAGAUGUUGACAGUGUUUUUGUGAAUGUUGGAAUCUUAAUAGUCCAGAGUUAGGAUGUUUUGGGGGAAGGCACUUAGUAUUUUCUACAUUUCACAUCCACAAAGAGUGGCUGUUUCAGACCCAAGAGCAUUGGAUUAGGGAAUGAUGAGUCAGGGAUGCUCUUGUUUCCCUCUGCAGAUUGGGAAUUAAGGUCCCAUGCCCCAUGGGCUUGGAACACACUUGGGCUGUCUCAAGCAAAGCAUAGGCAGUGAGUGGGUUUGAUUUAUAUUGUUGCUUAACACUCCCCAAACCGACCCCCAGACAGCUGGGGCAUUGAUGCCCUUUAUGGUAUCUAUACCCCAGCUUCCAUCUCCACACAGGAACCAGCUGAUUCAAUAAACAACCACUUCCAGCGCCCACCAAAAAAGCCACAUUGGAAAAUAUUUUCUUCUAGAGAUAUGUUUAAUGCUCAGAAUUGGACAUUGAUCUCUUUAAAGCUCCAUCCAAUUCACUGCAUUCAGCCUCUGUCAACUCCCAGUGUCCACAGUGAACCUGACUUUUCCUCCAGUUUGAGAAAACUGGACACUUUCUGUUUGCCCAGGUGCAGGCUCAAGAGCCUUAUGCUCCAUCUCAGUUUAGGGGCUCACCCAGCUCCUCUUCCCAAUAGGGUUCUUUCUCCUUUCCCUCUCCUUGGCCCUAAAUGUGUAACCCAUGAGAAAGCACAAGGUCCUGGCCCCCUGCUGCAGUCACAUUCUCGUUCUCCGUGUUUCGUGGACUCUGUUCACUCAGCACUGGCGACCCCAGGCGGUUCGGUGGAGUUCCGGAGGAUGGAGAGAUCACUGCCUGGCAUCCUGCCAGCUAGCCAGGAGUUGACUUGCCUGCGACCCACGGCCUCCCCACAAGAUGGAAUCUGAGAGACUCAAGAGCCUGGGUUUCUCUCAGCACCUGUACCAUCCUCAGUAGCAAAACAAAUCACACUUUGUAGCCAGAUUUCUGAGUGGAAAAAUGGGAAAUUGAAUUCUUUAUGGACUUUCUGGUUUGUGGGGGAGUCUUUGUUAUGUCUUGGUUUUAUUUCAGCCAGACAUCUGCUUUUGACUUUUCAAUUUUUUAGGAUGUGAUUAUAUGUGUAUGUAUAUACAUAUGUGUAUAUACAUACACACAUGCACACAUAUAAUACACAUACUCGCCUUUUAAAUGUAAAUGUUCCAAAGUAAGCAAUUUAUGUGUUUCUACAACUGACAUUUAAUGCACACCUCAUUCUCUCCCCCUCUUCCACCCUCCUCUUUUCCCUCU